ACCGGCCUUCCACCGGUGCGCUAUAAAAUGUGGCCUAGCACAAACCGAAGCAUCCACCCCCUGAGCUGACAGCUUCCUAAUCGCAGUUAGUCCUCGCUCAACUCGAGCAAUCAUGUCGCUGAUUCCCCGCGGCAAAGCCUUCGACCCCUUCUCCCUUGACCUCACGGACCCCUUCGAUGGCUUCCCCUUCGGCUCCGGCGGCAGCAGCAGCUUCUUCCCCUCGUUCCCGCGCGCAUCCUCCGAGACCGCGGCCUUCGCCGGCGCGCGGAUCGACUGGAAGGAGACUCCCGAGGCGCACGUGUUCAAGGCGGACGUGCCGGGGCUGAGGAAGGAGGAGGUGAAGGUGGAGGUGGACGACGGCAACGUGCUGCAGAUCAGCGGCGAGCGGAACAAGGAGCAGGAGGAGAAGACCGACACCUGGCACCGCGUGGAGCGCAGCAGCGGCAAGUUCCUGCGCAGGUUCCGCCUCCCGGACAACGCCAAGGCGGACCAGAUCAAGGCGGCCAUGGAGAACGGCCUGCUCACAGUCACCGUGCCCAAGAAGGAGGUCAAGAAGCCCGAGGUCAAGUCCAUCCAGAUUUCUGGCUAGGCUGCUUCGGGAUCGAGGUUCAAUUCGCCGCUCUGGGGUUCGACUCGCUCUUUUGUGACUUUUGCUCAAAGGCCUGUAAUAAGUGUGGAUUUGGGUCCGUGUUGAGUGUGAGUAUGCCCUUGUCAGUACUGUGUUCGGCCCUCGCCGGGGCCAAAGGUCUUGCGGCGAUCACGCAAUUCGAGCCACCCUAGCCGUGCACCUGCUCUGUAUCCGGGCUCAUCGUAGAUUCAUGCUCGCCCUCUAGUGUAUGAGUUUAUAUCUACUACCCUGUAACUCUUGUUCUUCUAUCUAUCAAUGAAAUGUAUUCGCGAAAAAAAAUGAGUUAGUCAUGUAAUGCAAGCAUCGAGUCCGUACUGCUGUGA